UUUAAUGAUAAGCAUUUUUCCCUCAAAUUACUAGUAAAGCUACUGUAAUUAAUAAUAGGUGAGAUUAUCAGAAUUCACUUGCAGCAAACAUUCAAAACAUUCACCAAAGUACGUAUUGUGGUAAAGAUUUUUGGAAAGGCUAGCGCUGUGCGACUGUACAUUGAGUGGCAAUGCUCACAAUCAGUGAAUUAACGACGUUUACAUUAAAUUUUCUUUUCAUAUCUAUAUACCAUGAACGAGACCAGGGAUUAUACCUGGAUUCCUGUUAAAUGGCUAUAUUAUCAAUUAUCUACUUAAUAAACCAAGGAACCUUUAGCGUUACAAAGAUAACAUGAGCCCAGCACACGAACCGCUUUUCCCAAGAUAGACUUUGCUCUGCGCAUACUGUACCGCGGUGUGGAAUCUUAAUGCAUCGGUUUUGCUCCCACUAUAUCUUUCAUAAUGUCGGGACCUGGAGCGGGAGGAUGUCGUAUGAACGCCGCCCUCCAGCAGCCCUAUGCAUCGGCCAGUGUCCUUCACAGCAGUACCCAUGCGCGCGGUGACCACUCCCGUGCGGGCGGUGAGCGCCCCUCGGGACGGGGUUCCAGUCGUCCGCCUGUGCACGAUGAACACAAAACCUCUUCCACGCUGCCAAGAAACUCCCUUCCCGGCAGUAAAGACAUGGGGCGCGCCGUCUCCACCCCGGGAACCGUGACCCCUGCCAAUAUCUCCACGUCGCUGCGUUCCUCGUCGCUCAUUGGUUUGGCGGCCAACUAUGCCCUGCCCACGGACGAAAUCCACAUGAAGAUCAUGAUGGUCGGCGACACCGCGGUGGGAAAGACCAGUAUUGUCCGGCGCAUUGUAGAAGACGCCUUUACCUACCAGGAAAACGCCACCGUGGGGCUGGACUUUAAGAUCCGCCGGAUGGUGGUCGAUAGUACGCAAGUGCGUCUGCAGAUUUGGGAUACGGCCGGGCAGGAGCGUUUUCAGUCGAUUACGACGCAGUACUUCAACCGGGCGCACGGAUUCUUUUUAGUCUAUGAUAUCACGAAUGAGCGGAGUUUUCGCAACUGCGACAAAUGGAUGCACGAGAUCCGGCAGAAAGGUCAAGCCAAUGUGGAGAUUAUUCUCCUGGCCAAUAAGUGUGAUCGGGAGGAGGAGCGUAAGGUCCCGCGGGAAGCGGGAAUGGACUUUGCUAAAAAGCAUGGGUUGGUUCUGUGGGAGAUUUCAGCGCAGAGUAAUACGCAGAUUGAGAGAGCGUUCGUAGAGCUCAUGCGAAAAAUCAUCGACCGACGGAAGCAUGAGCUAGAAGAAAAUGCACGGAAUAUGGAGUUUAGUAACAGCUAUACACUGCUGCAAGGGUCGGGAUCCCAUACAAAUUUUCAGAAUUUACAAAAACGGUGUUGCAAUACGGUAACAUAGUUUUCUUACGCAACUGUAAAAGACAUUCCUUUAUUUGCAGUUGCGGGAAUAAAAACAAAAAAUACAUUGGUUUUCGACCAUUUUACAGAAUUUCGCUUAUUAUUCAUAUGUACACUGACAUCACCAUUGACCUUCACCUUAUGAUAAGUAAAAUUAAUAUACAAUGGUAUAAAUUAGGCAAUAAAUAAACCUAAAAAUUAGCGGCAUCGAUAGUAUCACAAACCAUUACUAGUAUUAACUGUAUUUCAACGACGGAGGUA